AUGGCAUCUGCUUGUGGGGGCAGGGAUGGGGCCACACACAAGGCCAUCCACCUGCUGUGUCAGAUGUUCAUCUUUGAUCCUGCGAAACAGAUCACUUGGAGUGUCACCCUCUCCCACCCUUACCUGGAUGAGGGCCGUCUGCGCUACCACCUCUGCAUGUGGCAGUGCUGCUCCUUCAUGCCCAGUGUCAGUGUCUACACUCAACACUUUGAGCCGCCUGCCGAUCGGCCCUUCAGCCACAGCUGUGAUCACAGCCUGCUGUCUGUUUGGCAGGGGAACGAGCUAAUCCAUUGUUUCAUUAUCGAGCGUCAGCAGGGCAGAUGAGUGCCCUGCGUCAACCCCCAGAGCACCAUCUUCAACACUGUCAUCAGAUCCAAGAAAGAGGAGAGAUGA